UGGUGAAGUGGCAAAUUUUGUAUUAUGCGGGAAGAUGAUUUGUUGUAUUUUAAUGCCUGUUAUGACGAAGAAAGAUAUUUUUUCAAAAUUACAGUUGUAAUAGAAUAUAGAAAUUCUGUAUAGCGGAAAUAAGAAUAUAUCGGCAUUGGUUUGUUUUUGAAAAACGUAAUGCUUAGUAAAAGCUUUAGUUUUCACUCGUUUUCAAUUUCAUUUUCAGUAAGGACUGUAUAAUGUAUGGUGCUGAACAGGAGCACCUGACAAGUAUAGGAGGACAUUUCAUAGUGUCUUAUCCAUCAAAUACAUCACGAGGUGCUGUCCCAAGUAAUUCCUUUUUUGAUCAUACAAAUGUAACAACACCCUUAGCCCCACCAUUUGCCCCACAGCCUGAUGUGAGCCAACAGCAUGGUGAUACAGCUACGAGCAUUACCCGCAGCACAGCCACUCCACCUGUUUCUUCCUCGGAGUUUAAUAUACAUGAAUUUUGCUACUAUUUUCAACAAGUCAUUUUUAUUUCUGCAAUAAUGACUGGGGGUGCACUUAUCAUUGCUGGUGCUGUUAUGCAUGCUCAGAAUGGGGAGCUUUUGGUGUUUGUUUACAUUGGUGUCUUGUUAAUUGGUGUCAAUAGUGUACUACUAACAAUUCAGUGUUAUGUGAGACAAAAACAAAAUAAACGAGCUCGUGUCAGCUCAACAGGAAGACGUCCACAAGAAAACACAGCUGUACACUAUAAUGCUCUUGAUACAAACCCACUGGUUAGUGCUCCGGUUUCAUAUUCACAGCCUACAGGUAUAGCACCUAGUGGUAUAUCUGGAUACUUGCAUCAACAUAGAAUGUAUUCAGAUGCCCAACAUCACAUGUAUGGAGACUGUAGGAGGAUGCAUCAAUAUGGAGCAAAAACCUCUCUGGAAGUUGGCCAGCAUGGUCACUGCAUGCUGCCCCUACAGACUUCUCAGGUUCCACCUGUGGUGGGAUCACUUCUGAGCUACACAUGUUAUCCAAAGGAGAAUUACAUCAAUUCUCAACCUCUGAAUCAGCAUCCCUCACAUCAACCAAUAGUAACACCACAGAGUUCUCAGCUUCCAACACCAAGAAGUGAACAUAUGCCUGUUUCCUAUACUUCAUCUGGUCCUCCAAGCUAUAAUGACCUUCUAGCCUCAGGAAGACUGCCACCAGAUGGAACUACAGUUCAUAUUAUAUGAUUCAAGUGUAGGAUUUUCAUAUCUCAGGAAGUGUAUAUAUAUAUAUAUUUUGAGCAUCUAUAAAACAUGUAUUUUUUUCAGUGUGUAUAUAUGUGUGUGUGUGUAUAUAUAAUGUAGCUAAGUUGCUUUUGUAAUGUGUGUAAUCAGGGUUUGCAGUCGGUACCAGUUCUGGUGACUCCCACGCUCUGGAAGAGAACAUGAAUGUCCCUUCGUGAUUGAUUGCAUGUUAGGUAGGUGCGUGCAUGUGUGAUUAACCCUUAGCAUGCAGGCAGGUCAAACUACUCAUGUCACGAUGUUUGAGUGAGUUAUAUUCAAAACGUAAUUAAACUACUUAAUUAUCAUGGUAUACGAACAAUUUUGACAUCAAACCAUAGAUAAUAAAUCAAAUUUUAAUAUUUAUAUGCUUAAAAACAACCUCAAAUUCCCCUAUUGUGCAAAUUUGAAUAUUUGUUCUUGAGCUGUCUCCUCUUCUGGAUUUUUUUGUCCACCUCCUAGAAAACUAUGAAAUGUAACAUAAAAUAUUUUCUAUAAUUUUGCCAUUCAGAAACUACUUUCCACACCUACCUCUGACAUACUCUAAUUUAUAAUUUGUUAAUAGGUUUUAUAACCAAUAGAAAGCUUAGAUUUUAACUGAUUCAUUGUCAUAGUUAUCAAAGUAUGUGGGCUUACAGAUAAUUGACAAUUUGAUUUGAUGUGAAAUUUCUAACUACUCAAGUCACAUGAUUAGAGAUGCAUGAAUACUGGUGCUGGCGGUACCCAGUCAGUACCAGUACUGACAACCUGGUACCACCAGUACUAUUGCAAACCCUGUGUGUAAUAUAUAUAUAUUUGUGUGUUUUUUAUCGUUUAGUUUUAGGCAACCUGUAAGUUGGGAUGCUUUUACUGGUUUAUAUGUGACUUUACAUAUAUCGUUGGAAAGUAUUUAUUGUGUUGUAAUUGUAUUGUCAGAAAAUGUUAUGCCUUACUUUGUAAUACCAAUAACUGUUUAUAAAUGUAUACCAUCUUUUUAUAUUUUGUGUUUCUGGAAAAAAUACAAACAAUGUAAUAAUUCUUAAAGAACAGAAACAUGCAUACUUUAUAUAAUCUGAAGGAUUCUGUUUUUGAAAAACAAUAAUUUGUUCAUGUUCAUAAAUAUUUCAUUUCUGAGUCUGAUUUUCAUUUUAAAACAUCAACUUAGGAGAAUUAUCUAUUGACAUGUAAACCACAUGUUUUAUGCCUCAUUUAAUUUUGAAGUUUCAAGUUUAAUGUAAUUAAAUUAGAUAACAGUAUACACUUAUCUGUGUGCCUAGGUUAGUUACAUUUCUUGUUUAUGAUAAAAAAAAUUUGAAAACAAUCACCUUAGUUUACUUUGUUGAUAUUUAGUUGUGCAAAAUGAAAAAAAAAAGUGGGUGAUCUUAUGGUUAUAAAUGUUAUGGUUUCUUAUAAUUGAAAAUAAAAAUGGAGGUGUACUUCUGGGGAUUAAACUGUUAAAAUGAUGGUACAUGUUAGCCAAACACAUCAGUGACAUGCAACUAUCUAUGUUCGCAUCAAUGAUAUUGCAGUUUAUUUAACUACAGGUGUACUUACUUGGUAUUGAAACAUUGAACAUUUUCAGCAUAUGAUUGAUAUUGAAUCUUUAUUUUAACAUAUUAGUGACGAUGAAUCUUUACUUCAACAUACCAAUGAUGUUAAAACUUACUUUGGAUGUAUUCAUUAUUCCUGUGAUACUGCACCUUACUUUAGAAUCAACAAUAACAUAAUAAUGUAUAUUGAACACACCACUAUUAUUACACCUUAUUUUCAAUACAAAACACAACUUAUGUUGCUUUUUACAUUGAAAUUUAAUAUACAUUAAACACUCCAGUUAUAAUUAACCUUACUUCGAUAGCAAAAAUGACUUUAUAAUACACAUUGACCACACCUUUACAUUACAUCUUACUUAAAAACAUGGAAAGUAUAAUUCUAAGCUUUCUAUGCAUCAUUGAUUUUGAAUUCAAUAUCAUGGCAGAACUUAAUUUGCAUACUUCAUCAGCAUUUUAAUUUACAGUUGUUGAUUAUUAGUAUGUGUAAAUGUUUGUCUUGAACCUAAGCUUCUCUGUUGGGAUUUGUGAAUAUUCUUCUGCUACUGGAGAUGUGAUUGUAUAUUUUGAAACAAUGGCAUUAUUUUUUGCCAUACAGGUGAACACAUAUUACAGUUACCUGUUAUGGAUCAUUUUUAUUUUGUAGAUGAGGAAGGAUUCGUUAGUGGGAAAAAAAAUUAACAAUUUUAGUUCUACUAAUCACAAUUAGAAUAAAUUCUUUUUUUUUUUAAAUGAAGUAUACAAAAUAAGUAAUCACAAUAUAUUUAAUAUUGGU